UGCCGACUAGUCUACACUUGUUAUCCAAAGUUUGUUUAUUUGUUUGGAAUGUGUUUGUUUUUUUGGUUUAGAAAACUGUGCUUAUAAUGGAACAAUUAAUUGAAAGUGUGAGAAAAUACCCAUGUUUAUGGAAAGUGGAUACAGAAGACUAUAAAAACAAUGAAAUUAAAGAAGCUGCUUGGAGAAAAGUUGUUGCCGAAUGCGGUAUAACUGAUGUGAAAGAAGCAAAGCUCAUGUGGAAGAAACUGCGAGAUGGCCAUAGGCAAGCACUAAAUAAACGAAAAACAACGACAGGGCAAGCUGCAAAUAGUGACACCAGGCCCUGGAAAUAUGAAAAUCAAAUGUAUUUUCUACUUCCGCAUCUCACGAAUCGUCAAAGAAGUACCAGCGCUGUUGUAACCAACGAUGCGGUAACCAACGUCACUGAGACACAAGAUGCCACUGAAACUGCUGAAAAUAUUGAAGGAAACUCUGAAUUACAGGCAUCACAACAGAAUACAACAAAUCAGCCAUCACAGCAAACCCAUAAGACACCGCGAGCUAACAGAAAAACCGACAAAAUUACUGCCUAUCUUGAGCAAGAGCAAAAACGACGGGAACUCAGAUCCAUUGACAGAGACUUGUUUAGAAGAAAAUUACUUGAAAAUAAUUUAAAACCAAAGGAAGAUACAGCCCUAAAAAAGUUUUUUGAUAGCAUGUAUGACGAAACUAACAAGCUUUCCGACUAUUUGCAAGUAAAGGUUCAGCGGCAGAUAUUUAAUAGUGUUAUGGAGGCCCGUAAAGAACAACUUCACAAUAAACGUCCAUGUCAAGAUCAAGUCUUUUCAAAUGAGCAACAAUAUACACGACAUCUUGUGCCUCUUCCAUGUUCUUCACUUACGACAGACUCUUCUGUUUCAUAUUCUGACGUGUACUCCCCAAAUACUUUACCAUCGACUCUAUCGCGUCCUUCCUCAUAA